UCUGCCCACCUCCUUGCUUGUUCUGCCCACUAUGACUCAUUUGAAACGACAGGCUGUGUGGUCUGUCUUGGUUAAGUUAUACACAUCUUUGAUAAGAGAGCGCUUGUCGAGUCGUUGAUAGUUCGCAUAGCAAGGUACCCCAACUCGGAGAAACCGACGCGUAGGUCAAACCUUGCCUCGGUUUAAUUCACAUAUGUAUUAUUUUUUCCCCAGUUUUUUUUCGGGUAGAAUAUUCCCAAACCUCGAUAUUAAAUUGUAUUCCGCGGCAUGUAGUUAGCGUGUUGUCUAACGUUACCGGCUUUGCGCCAGGAGUGAAGACCAAUCAAUCACCGAGUACCUUCGCUAGCUAGGUUGUGUGUACAGUGUGGUGUUGCUGAGGCAAGGGGAAAAACGCAGCGGUCACCGGUGACUGGAUCUUGUGGCGUGAGCACUAAUGCUGUCUAGCAAACACGGCGAAUCCCAGUCGCCGGUGUAAAACGCGGUGUGUAAAAUACAUCUUGCAGCCCUCGACCCAUAUUAUAAUAAUAGAUAGGUCGAUAGUGGGAGAAGCGCAAGGAUGUUGCAAGUGCUGGCUUGCGGCGUCGUAGUUUUUCCCGGACUCUUCUUCGUCUUUCGGAAGGUACUCCCGUCCAUUUUCAAACAGUGGACCGAUGCAGACGUUGUACUGGUCAGCGAGAGGCUGGUGUCCUCCAUCCACGCCAUCAUGGCCACCACGGCAGGAGUCAUCGUCGUGUUGGCAUGCAGCGGUGACGUCAUGACUGACAGGUACUGGCUGGCCACCUACUUUGUCAUCUGGUACGGCGUGCCCUACAUGGCAUACGAUAUCUACGCCAUGUACCUCAGCCACUACUACCGCUUCCGGGUCAAGGGUCACAAGGAGUAUAAGGAGCACUCGUUGACCACGGUCAACUCGUUUGUCCGCCGUGAGUUCCUGCUGGUGCUCCACCACAUUGCGCUGCUCACCAUCCUGCUGCCCGUCACCCUGUUCUUCAGGAGGGACCAGGGCGAUUACUUCAUCGGCUGCCUGUUCCUCACAGAGCUCAGCACGCCCUUCGUCUCCUUAGGGAAGAUCCUCAUCCAGCUGGGUCUGCAGGACUGCUGGAUCCAUAAGGCCAAUGGGGGCAUGGUGUUGCUCAGCUUCUUCCUGUGUCGAAUCGCCCUCUUUCCCUACAUGUACUGGGUCUACGGCCGUCACUACGGCAUCCCCGUCUACGGCGUGCCCUUCCACCUGACACUGUCGGUCAACCUGGGCAGCCUGUGUAUCCUGGCGCCGCAGGUCUACUGGUUCGUGCUGCUCUGCCGCAAGGGCUGGCGGCUCUACCAGCGCCAGUGUCACUCCUCCCCCCUGCCCCCACCUAGCCCCCCCUCCCUCACGGACAACCAACCCAAGGGAAAUGAUUAGAGCUGGAGAGCUCACUCCGUCACCAUCGCUCUCUCUCUGUUCUUUCUCGGUUCCUUCUACUCUAUAUGCGCUCGAGUCACACAAAAAUGAACCACCAUCGACUACUACUUACUACUUCUACUGCAGAAGCACUUCGGCUACAUACCACAGUCUCCACAAAACUACUACCGUUACUACUAUGAUUCCACUAGUACUGCUACUGCUCCUCCUCCCCCUGAGCCCCCACCCCCAUGUUUCCCUUUUGCUUCGAUACUACUGAUCGCUCCAUGCCCAGUCCAAGCUCUACUCCAUUUUUUUUGUUUUGUGUGCUCGUGUGCUUGGAUUAGAGUGAUUGGACAGGGGUUAUAUUUGUAGUGCUACACUGGAGUUUCCCUAAAAGAUAUGAAGAAGACCGAGAAUGGAGGUCCUGGCUUUUUUCGGCGGGGAGGUGGUGAUACACUCCCCCGGCCCCUCCACUUCAUCUAUUACUUGCUCUGCUGAUUGGAAGAUCAGUUAGUGUAGAUGAAUGUGUAUGUAGAAUUUGUUGAUUUAUUUUGUUUUGUCAAUGGUUUUUAUGUCAAGUCCUGAAGAUUCACAUUUUAUGAAGUGUUUGUCCACCCACCCAGUCCUCAUCUUUAAAAGACCGCCGGCGGGAGAGGAGGAGAAGUGGGAAAGGGGACUUGGCAUGCAGAUAGUAAUGGUGACAAGGCUGGGUGGAGGGGUGGAAUGGGAUGGGGUGUUUACAAACUAAGAUAGGUACGGGUGUCACCUCAUCUACAUUUGAAGGAGAAAAUGAGAAAUAAAUGUUUGCACCAAGCUCUUUGCACCAGCAUAGCUACACAAAAACCCAUUUAAUGUGAUUGGAUUGUGGAACUCCACACUCCUUUAUCCACCUCAGCGCCUCCCCAUUGUCCUGUUUCCUAAUUCACAGUUCUCCAUGGCUGCCGCCGCUGGCCAAUCGGUGUGCCUGCAGCGCGCUCGUCUUCCUCCUUUGUUGUUUACGGCCCAACAGGGUUCUGUGUGCUGCCCUGCUGCGUCUGUUUACAUGAAUUCUCUAAACCCACGCACCUCAGUGUCACACAGGGUGGGGCAUCACAAACUAGGAGCCUCUCUCUAUAUUAUGUGCUCCCUACCUAAAGGGGGUGGCUUAGCAAAAGCUUUGUCCGUAUGUUUACAUACACAAGACUUCUCUGGGAGCGCUGUAGCAGCAUUAGAAGGAAUGGGAUUGCUUGUUUAGUCCCGGGUUUGACUCCAUUGCAACAGCUGAAGCUGCUUUUAAUGGGUGGAGACAAGACUUCACGGUCACUCGACGUCAAGUUUGCGGGGUGGGAGUGGUGGGGUGAUUCUUUUAGGUCAAUGCUGCCCUCUGGCAACAGGGGUCUGGGGGCCACAUGGGAGGGGCUUGUAUACCACUGGGCAUCCCUUUUUAAGGUCACAUUGUGUCCUCCAGGGACCGGCCCACUAGGUGCCAGUUGGAGCAAUAAAACAGACGGGGUUGAAAAUGGCGAGGACAAUUUAAAACCCCAUGUAGUAGAGAUUAACCUGAUGUUUAGAUUAAAAAAACAGUAAUGUUCCUAGCAUGAUGCUGGAGCAGGAUGAUUACACAGCUGCAUGCGGCCCUGCUCCAAAAUUAUACUCUAUUUUCAAACAGAAGAUUGUCGAAUAGAAUAAGAAAGGCUUGAUGGUGGCGAUACACUCAUUUCAUGUAUUCUACUUUUACUCAUGAUUGCCUUUUCUGGGGAUUAAUUAUGAGUUUUCCCCGACUUGGUUGGCUCCUUAGAACAGGUCAGCAAGCAGGAAACAACCCCAGUUUUUUUUUAAGUAACUGUCCAGUGAAAAUAUCACUUUUAAAAGUUCAUAUUCUGUUCACUCGUACCCAAAUGUUGACUCAUCCUAUAGUUGUAUUUGUGGCCAAAGCAUAAAUUGGAGGGGAAAAAAACACCUCAAAAUUGUACCUAGAGCUGGGACGAUAAGCAGAAAAUUACCGACAUUACCUUCCCCUUACCGAAGCAUUUUGCAUACAUCAGGAAUUUUCUGUGAUUUUGCUAUACAAUGUUUCUGUAGUUUGUCCUAAAAUCAUUAUAUGGUCAACAGUAAUAGCCUAUGCAUUAUGUUGAUUCCUGCUUGUCCCUGUUUUGCUGUUGGCUGCUGACACCCACUGCACACGGCGGAGGAGAGAUGCAUUCUGAGAAGCACAAGCAUAUGGCCGUUGCUCAAAAUGCUAUUUGGGGGGGGGGGGGGGGGAAUACCGUUUUCAAAGCAACUACUUUUGUUGUAGUAAGAGAGGAGACACAGCUUUCUGUGAGUAUAUCAUGUAUUUAUCACCUCAAUUGAGUUCAUGGAAACACUUUACAACCGGAAUAGGCUGUAGUUAGUAUGGUUUCGAUGCAGUGGAGAUGAGCAGAGCCCGCCAUUUGCAGUUAAUAUGCCUACAUCAUGUAGCCUAGGCCUAGCGGUGGAAAGUUUCUGUAGGACAUUCGCCUACGUUUACUGAUAGCCAUGUAGGCUAAUUAUUUAUUCUAUAUAGCAACAAUAUCCUAGUUAGAGUUAGCAAUCUAGCUGUUUUGAGUUCCCACAUCCUCAGGUGGUGAAUAAUAUAGCCUUUAGGCCAAUCUGCACAAAGAUGUCGUCAAAAAUACACCUGCUAAUAUUGGAUCAUAUUUGAAUAGGUUACAAAUCAAGAUAUCUCAUGCAUUUCCUGGAUAUGUUAGAUGAAAUGGCUUACUUUUUGAGUCAGGCUGCCAAGUGUCACUUGGCACUGAAAAAUACAUUCUCGAGAGCCCUGCCGCUAAUGUAAAGUAACUGUCCAUUU